GGGUCCAGACGGUAACUAACAGGAUGAGAGUGAGCGAGCGACCACGUGGCCCAGCAGGGAUUACGAGCGGCAACAAGAAGGUAAAGAGAUUAGAACGAAAACACAGCCUGCUUUUUUAACCUCUUCACUGUUGGCACCCUGGCAGCACAAAGGAAACCCCAGACCCAAACUUCUCCCCUUCCUCCUCCCUCACUCCCUCAGGCUCCGUCCGUCCAUGCAGCCGCACCAGGAGCCGCUCUGGGGAACAAACGCAGGAGCAGAGCAGUCUGCCUGAUGGGAAACGCCACCGCCUCCUGAUGGACUUGGCAUCAAGAGAUUCUGGAUUUUUCUGUUUGGCACCUUUUCUUCACACAUGAGCUCUUUGGAAGUGAUAGAGACAUAAUUCAGCCCAUCAUGCUUUUAAAGUCAGGAGUAUUUCUCACCUUGUGUCUGUUUACUCUUCAGGCUAGUCGAAUCAAAGAACUGAAUGACAUAAACCUUUCUGGGCUCAGAGACGUGAAGUACCGGCAUUUUCUGGAAGCUUCCCGACCCAUCAGGCAUGCGACCAACGUCCGAUCCGAGCAGGACGGACAGCGGGUGAAGAGGUCCGCCGUCCACACCACAGGCGUCAAAGUGUGUCCCCAGGAGACGAUGAAAACCGUCAUUGGCAGCCACAGGGCCUACUACAAACUCAGAGUUUGUCAGGAAGCGAUCUGGGAAGCGUUCCGGAUCUUCUUGGACCGAGUCCCGGCCCCGGAGGAGUACCGGACCUGGGUGUUCACCUGCCAGCAUCAGAACCUGUGCAUGGAUGACCUGGCCCAGAACUUCAGCAGCUCUCAGGAGCAUCUGGACCUGGUGGCCAGAAGAGUAAAAGAGACUGAAAGUGAAGGGUUUGUUGCAGCUAAAGAAGAGCCAAGCAGUGAAUGCACUUGGACUCCUUCUCCCAUUCUGCUUCCAGCAGAAACUGACGAGGCUAAAGACCUGGUUAAGGAGAACUACGAGGAAUACAUUGUUGAGUUCAGCAUCACCGUGUCUGACCCGACAUACAGCGAAAUGCUUAGCAACCCCGCAGCGCCGCAUUACAACGGCGUCACCAGAGAGCUCAGAGACAAGAUGGUUCAUGUGUUUGAAAAAGUUCCAGGAUUCAAAGAAAUACGUGUUCUUGGAUUUCGCUCAGAGGAUCUCUCUGUGCGCUACGCUGUUGUCUUUAACGGAGAAACGGAGCUGAACGGUGACAGUCUGGAGAUGGAAGAAGGAAAAGAGACAAACGAAGACGCGAAGGCCCCGAAACUGAAGCGCAUCAUCGUUACGGCCUUGAAGCAGGAGCCGACGCUGCUGCUGGACAUACAGACGCUCAGCUUCCAGGCUGUGACCAUGGUUUAUCCGGUUGUGGACUCCACGUCCACACAGGAACCAGAAGAUGCCAGCCCACCCACCCAAACUUUAUUCCCCACUGUGGGAGUUUUGGAAAACAAGCUGAGGGAUUCAGCUACUGUCAGACCAAAAACAAACACCUUUGUGCCUUUUAUCCCCACCAUCCUCCCAAAGACCAGCUCUAGCUUUACUGGUGGGACUCCUUCAAUGGCAGCUGCAGAAGAAAAACCCACAGAGGAGGAAGAGGAGGGAAUGGGGGAAGAGGAGACUCCACUGGGUGAUGGAGGUGAAGAUGGAGAUCAGGAGCUGGUGGGAAGUUCAAGCUCCAGGCCUAAAGGAGAUCAAACUGCUGAGGUGAACCUGGAUCCACCCACAGCUUCCGCUGACCCGGUUUCCACCGGAUCAUCUGGUGAGGACGCCGUCCAGGGCAGCGAACCUGGAGCAGACGUGGAGCCUUUACCGUCCCCUGAGGACGGAGGAGAAGGUCGAUCGGAUCUGACCGCGGUCACCCAAACCGCUCCUGGAGAUUAUUCACACACCGCAGACGGAGUGACAGAGCAACAGGAAGAGGAGAGCGGGAGCGGCUUUGCGUCAGAAUCUGAUGAAGGUCCGUACGGAUCAACAGCCGCGCCGGCGAUGAGACAGGCCAGCACACCUAUGAUGACAGCUGUGGAGCAGAGCAAAGAGUUGGUGGUUUUCUUUAGCUUGAGGGUCACUAACAUGAUGUUUACUGACGACCUGUUCAACAAGAGCUCCCCAGAGUAUAAGUCACUGGAGAAUACCUUCCUGGAACUGACUCAGCACUUUGGGUCCAGAAACCAGCCAAACCCUGGAGCUUCCAUUAAAUCUGGGCUGGGGAGACAGACAACGUUAGCCUCCAUACCGCUUCUGCCAUAUUUACAGUCCAAUCUGACUGGAUUUAAGCAGCUGGAGAUUCUCAACUUCAGGAACGGCAGUGUUGUGGUGAACAGCAGGAUGAAACUGGACAAGCCGGUGCCGAACAACGUCACAGAAGCCGUGCGCUGUGUGCUGGAGGACUUGUGCAGCGCCGCGUCUAAUCGGCUUGACAUCGAGAUUGACAGUCGCUCUUUGGAGGUUGAACCAGGUGAGAAGUUCUUGCUGAAGUCUUGGCUUGAAUUCUGUUACUUUUUCACUUGUUUUG